AUGAAUGAAUACCUAAAAAUAAUAUUUGCUAGAUUUAAUAUUCCAAACAUUUUUAUUAUUCACUGUAAUUGUUUAAAUUUUUUAAUUACUAUACUUUGCUAUAUUAUUUUUAUUUUUUGAAAUUCAUGUACAUAACCUCUUAAAUACUUUUGUUUUUUGAUAUAAAUUAAAAGAAAGAAUACUUAUAAUAUUUGCAAAAAUAUAAAUUAGACAAUUGAUAAACAAACAAUUAUACUUAUGAAUAAUUAAUAUAAUAAAUACCGAUCAAUAAAAUUCUAUGUCAAGGAUGAUGGUAACUCUGUUCAAGCGUACCAAUGAAAUAAUAAAUCGAAAUAAUUAUUGUAUAAUAAUUUUUAUGAAUGUAAAGCAACAUCAUACAAAAACUAAUAAAAUGUGUACGAAAAACACGUCUAAAUAUACUUUUGAUACUUUUGAGGUAGAAAAUAUAACUGAAAAUAUAAUCACUUCUUCUUUUACUGAUACUGUGAAUAUACAUAAUACUAUGCCUUUCUGCAAAAAAUGUGGUUGUCAAGAAGUACAAGUUUUUUUAAAAAAUAAAAAUCAAUAUUGUAAAAUGUGUUUUUUAACUAUAUUGAUACACAAGUUCAGAGCAACUCUCGGCAAAUCCAAAUCAGUGCGUGCAAAUGAUACUGUACUUAUUGCUCAUUCUGGAAAAGCAAAUUCAACUGUACUUUUACAUCUUAUUACAGCUGAUAUUAAUAAAUCAAUUUCCAAAAAGCUUAAAUUUCCAUUUAAAGUUCUUUAUAUAGAUGAUGGUAUAAUAAAAAAACGUUCGAUCGAAGAAAGAGAAUCUAUUCGGAAUGCAUUAGCUAAAGAAGCUGAAAAUUUGCAAUUAACUAUGUACAUUUCAUCAUUGUCAAACUGUACAAUUGAUACUACUACUGAUAAAGAGUUACAAUCAAUAAAUGUUCCAUUAAUGAAUACUACUAAAGAAGAUACAACGUUACAAGAAGUUUUUAAUAAUUUAGAAAAUGAUACGGCAAGGGAUGAAUUAUUGCAACAAUUAAGACGUAAAUUACUUGUAUCUGCAGCUCGUAAACUUAAUUGUAAUAAAGUUUUCAUUGCUGAUACGUCUAUUGAUCUGGCGAUAAAAGUCCUUGGAGAUGUAUCGACUGGCAGAGGUUCCCAGUUGUCUUUUAACGUUGCUUUUUCUGAUGAAAGAUACAGUGAUGUGAAAUUACUUAGACCGCUCAAAGAUUUUACAAAAGAUGAUAUAAUUGCGUAUACGGAAUGUUGCGAAUUACAUCCAAUUCUUAAUUCUCAAAAAUAUGAUUUCUGUUUCCCUGCAUCUAUACGGAAUAUUGCAAGAAACUUUGUUUAUAAACUAGAUUCUGAAUUUUAUGGUGCUGUAUCUACGAUAUAUCGUACCAGUGAAAAAUUAGCUACAAAUGUGGAACCAUUUAAUAAUAUAAAUAAUGAUACAAAAAUUAUUACUAAUAAAAUUAAUGUCAAUAAUAUUUGUAUAUUAUGUGAAUUAAAUUUUAGAGAUUCAGAUUAUUUGUCUAAAGAAGAACUAUCAGUUGUACAAGCAAAAUUAUUUUCUAAAUUAGUAUCUACAGUUACAAACAUUUCAUUAGAUACAACAAUGAAUUCGUUAAAUACUUGUGCACAAUCAAGUAAUGAACAAUCUGAAUGUGUAAAUGCUUUUACAAGUAAAAAAUGUCAAUGUAAAACUGAUAUUUGUAAUUCCUUUUUAAGGCAAUCAAUGAUUGAAAAAUAUUUAUGUUAUAGCUGUAGUCUAAUUUUUUCAAAUGUAAAAGAAAUGAAUAAUAUUUUACCUAAUUUCAUAUUCGAUGCAAUUCAAAAGGAAUUACAAAUUGCGAAUUUAAAAAAAGAGAUAACAGAUUUUUUAUUAUAACGAAUAAGAAUAAUAUUCAUUAAUGGUAAAAAAUAGUUUAUUCUCUUUUUAAUAAAAGAAUAUAAUUAAAUAUGAUAUAUUACUUUUUUAAAUUGAAUUCCAAAUAUUUUAUAAUAUAAAUAAAAUAUAAUGUUUAUUUCUUAAUUUUUAAAAUCAUUAAUCGUAUCAAUUUUUACUAAAUAAUAUAUUAUUUUAAUUAUUCAUUAUAAUUAUAGUAAAUCUCGAUACUUGUUUUAUACGUUUAUUAUAUAUACAUAGAUGGCGAUGAUAGCAAAAUUAUCGAUAUAGGAUAUUGUUACAUGUUACAUAAUAGAAAGUUUUAGAAAGUAGCCUUCGAAGUGUAAUUAUUCUUUUAAAUAGAAUUGAUUUAUUAUAUACGCAUUACAUAUUUUAUUAGGUAACUUAUUAUAUAGUAUAUUUUAUUCAUAGUAUAUACAUAUUUUCAAUAUGAAAAUAAAUAAGAUGGAAAAAGUUAUACAAGAAGAAUUAUGGAUAAUAAAGCACCAAAAUAUCGUACUUUUAUGGAACCUGUAUUUAAAACUCCAAUCACCGAUUUGUUUGGAAUUUCACUUCAUUCUCAAAACUAUGCAGCUUGUAAAGAUUUUGAAUUGCGCUUAGCUGAAUGUGUUGAAGCAUAUGGAUUUUAUAAAGGACAAGAGAAAUGUGAACCACUAAUUCUUGAUCUUGAUGAAUGUUUGUAUAAAGAGAAGCGGAUACACAGACAAGAAAUAAUAAACGGAGAAUUUCAGCGACAGAUAAAUGCUGGAGAAAGAAAAUACGAGAAAGCUCCAUUUAUUUCUUUCUUUUAGAACUCAUAUAAUUAAUAUAUAUAUAUAUAUAUAUACAGACACUAAUAAAAUAAAUAAAAUAUAUUGUUUAUAGUAGAUUACAUAAUUAAAAAAUGUCAAUGAUGACAAAUUAAAA